AUGAUGGCGCAACCGUUCGCUGCCCAUCAAGGCAUCCCACAGCACGGCCUGCCCCCGGGUCAUCACCCAAUGGCUGGUCAACACCCAAAUACUGGUCACCCCGGACCUGGCAUGGUACAACAAAUGCACCCUGGAGUUUCCGCGCCAGGAGGACCCCAAGUGAGCCAGGCCGGUCCAAUGAUGGGUGGGAUGCCCCCGGGCGCUGGGACUGCGGGUCCUGGUGGCCCCAUGCCCAAUGCCCACGCUAUGUCCCAUCUGAAUCCGCAGGCACCACAUAUGUUUCAGCAACAGGCAUUUGCUCAAAACUAUGCGAACAAUCCCCAGUUAAUGCACCAACAGCAGAUGAUGCGGCAGCAAAUGAUUCUCCAGCAGCGGCAGCAAGCAGCGCAACAGCAACAGCAACACUCCCUCCCUGUAUCAUUACCCAAUGGAACCCAGGGUUUGAAUGCUGCGCAGCUGGCUCAGAUGCAGGGAAAUCCAGGAAUGCGGCCGGUCAAUAUGAUGCAUCUUCAAAGCCAGGUGCCCCACGGCCAACCGCAAAAUCUCACGCAGCAACAGUUGUUCGCUUUCCAGCAAGCGCAAGCGCAAGCCCAGCAGCAGGCGCAACAACAGGCUCAGGCAAAUAAUGGACAGCCUGGCCAACAUACUCCCCAGCGAGCUUCUGCGCAACCUCCCAACAUGCACGAGGCCCAGGGUGGGACCCCUCAGUCUCAGCAUGGUCCGCCGCAGAGUGGGACACCUCAACCGCGUCAGCCAUCUCAACCUCCGUCGUCUCAACCCCCGCAGUCGCAGGGACCACCCCAAGCUCAGGGUACACCGAACCAGCAGCCACAGCAGCUGCCGCAGGGUCAACAGCCAGGUCAACAGCCAGGCCAGCCAGGCCCCCAGUCACAGCCUCAAGGUGCUCAAGGCCAACCAGGCCAUCCAGGUGGCCCGCCGAAUCCGCAAGCACUGGCUGCUCAGGAGGCCCAAAUCAAAGCACAGCAGCAGCAGCACGCUCUGAUGAUGCAAAGGAUGAACCGACCGGGUGGCCAAUCGAUCUUGUAUCUUCACGCUUACGCCGAAAACCUCAGCAAUUUCCAGAGUCGAAACGAGACGGCCGAUCUUAUGUACUGGAACAGCUUUGUUGAGAAAUUCUAUUCACCCGGAGGUGUUCUGCGACAGGGUGUUUGGAACUCUCAGACCGGAUCAAAGCAGUUUGAGAUUACAACACCUGCACUCGCUCGUUAUUACCUUACCCAAUUCUCAAGUGGAAUCCGCCAGAUUCAGAUGGUCGUCGAGGGCGCCCGUGAGCGGGAUUUGCCCAAUGGAGGACACAUGGUCGAGAGUCCUCGAACCUCCUUCAUCUACUGGUUUACGAAUGAUUGCCAACUUUUCACGAACGGACAGCUGCGUGCAUCCUUUGGAAUUGACAAUAAGCUUGAGAUGCUUGACAUCACUGUCACCAGCCACAACGAGUUUGUUCCUCGAAGUCUUGCUCAGACACUGGAGAUGCCCGAGCUAAAGCAGAGCCCCAAAGUCUCUAAAAAUUCCGCGAAGCGGACACAGAAGCAGGCCCAAUCACCAAUGCUGCCGGAGUCUUUGGUCAACUCCCACGGCGUUACUCUCCCGGUAAUGGGAUUCUUGGAAGUUGCAGAGACCAUCUCACACAUGCAAAUGCUUUUCCACUAUUCUCAGCAGAAUCCGACGUUGUCGCCCCCCGAAGCCCUCCGCAACCUCGUCAACGUCCUGCAGACGGUUCCUAACCAAGGAUUCGCACCUCCGAUGAACCCAGGCAUGCAAGGAAUGCAAGGAAUGCAAGGUAUGCAGAAUAUGCAAAAUAUGCAGAAUAUGCAGAACAUGCAAAAUAUGCAAAAUAUGCAGAAUAUGCAGAAUAUGCAAAAUUUGCAAAAUAUGCAAAAUUUACAGGCCAUGCAAGCCAUGCAAGGUAUGCAAGGUAUGCAAGGCAUGCAACCCAUGCCCAACGCACGCAAUCCAAGCAUCAAUGGUCCUUCGCAGUUCGCAUCUCCUGCCAUGGCCCAUCUCGGUCUACCGGGGGCUCAGGGAUCGCCCCAUCUCGGCUCUGCACACGCGAGCCCUGCUCAAAGUCAGCUUGCUGGGCCCCCGGGGAUGCCAGGCUCAGUCCAUCCAUCUCCGGUUGGUGUCAACAAUAGCCCUAAUGUGGGCGGCAACAAACGCCGCCGGGCAAGCACCGUUAAGAUGGAAGGCGAUGACGGGACAGAGGUCAACGGCACCUCGGCUCCCGGCUCGGCCAAGGUCAAGGCUAGCCCUCGAGUACCCAAACGACAAAAGGGGCAAGCCGCUUGA